GCGCUUCCUCCUCGGGCCCCGCCCCUCGCCGCCUCUGCCAAUGGGGAGCGAGGGUGCGCUCUGCGUUCGGCUAGCGCUGCCUGCCCGGCCACGUGGGGGCCCGGCUCGGCUGGCAGGCGGAGGCGGCGCGCGGGACAAGGAGAUGGAUGUUGUCUCUGGACUUCAUUCAGUGCUGGUGAUCCCCCAGGCACUUACCCAGGUGGCCCCGCUCCAAAGGACAGACAUGUGUGGCGCACAUCAUCGCUUGAAUUGAGCCCCUCUUCAUUCUGGGGCACGACUGUGUAGAUUCUCCUGUAUUUUAUUGCUGUUGCCAGGUGGCCUGGAUUAGACAUGGCUAGUCUGGCCACCAAAGACUCAUACCUGCAGAGUUUAGCUAAGAAAAUUUGUGUGCAGCAGGUCCAGGAGCCACGGAAAAGAACAUUCGGUAUUACAGCUUCCAAGCGAGCUGGGUCUGGAGAUGCUAGCAGCCAGCCGAAGAAAAAGAAGAGAAAGAAACCCAGAAAGCAAGCUGAGAAGGCAGAUGCCCCUCCAGCUAAGCAGGCAGCACACAAUACCAGCAAAUCUGCUCCAGCUAAGCAGGCAGUACCUAAUCUUAACACAUCUACUCCAGCCGAACAGACAGCACCCAAAGGGAGCAGAGCUGCUCCAACUGGAACAGCAGUGAGCAAAAGUGAGAACGGAACUACAGGUGGAAAAAGUGAUCCCGGUUCAUUUUCUGCCGUGAAUAUCUUGCGUCAGAGGUUACAUGAGAAGAUGCAAGAAGUCUCUGGUCAGGGCGGCACUAAAGAAUUAUCGCCAGCUGUGCUGGAGAAGAGGCGCCGAAGGAAGUAUGAGAAGGAGAGGAAGAGGCGCCGAAAAAAGGAGCUGAAGAUGAAGGAGAAAAUCGAGAAGAAGGGAGCCCAGGAGGCAGCUGCAGCUGUGGAGCCGCAGCAAGCGAAGGAGGAGAGCAAGGCUGGGAUCAUCUUCAACCAGGUCAAAAUCUGUGAGGAGGAGGAGCUGAGCAAGACAGAGAAGAAGAGAGAGAAGAGGAAGAGAGUGAAGGGCAACCUCACUCCUCUGACAGGCAAGAACUACAAGCAACUGCUGAGCAGGCUGGAAGCCCGGAAGAGCAAAUUGGAGGAGCUGAAGGACAAGGACCAAAAGAAAGCCCAGGAGCUGGAAAAUAAGAUGAAAUGGACCAACGUCCUUUACAAGGCAGAAGGUGUCAAGAUCCGCGAUGAUGAGGAACGUCUGAAGGCUGCCCUGAAGCGCAAGGAGAAGCACAAGGCCCAGCGCCAGAAGCAGUGGGAGAAGAGGACAGAGCAUGUGGUAGAGAAGAUGCAGCAGCGGCAGGACAAGCGGCGUAAGAACAUCCAAAAGAAGAAGGUGGCCAAGGUGGAGCGCAGGAAGGACAAGGCCCGGAAGAAGGGUCGCAUCCUCCCAGAGGACUUGGAGAAAGCUGGUGUGAAAUGAGACUAGGGCUGCCAAUGUUGGUGGCCUGGAAAUGGACUCUCAGCCAGGGCUUAUGGGGCUUGUUGUGGGAUCUCUUAAUAAACUGUUUUACAAAACUGCUCUGA